AUGAUUCUUUCUAUACCAUCCCUGCAUCCUUACACUUUAGCAUUGAUUAUUACUGUUACUCUACUCGCUCUUGUAUUCGUCAUCUUCAUUGUUAUCUAUUUGUACAUUCAUCGAUCACGUCGUCAAGAUGACACAGAAGUUAUUCUCACUGAAAUGAAUGUUGUUAAUUCAUCACCAAAUCGUUUUAGUUAUCCAUUAACGACAGUAUCACAUGCAAAUCAUGAAACAUUUCCAACUCAAUCGACUCUCAAUGAACUCCCAUCGAAUUACCGAACGUUUGACUUCACCAAACGAUCACGUCUACAUGAAUCUUCCGAUUCUUCAUAUUCAGGUUCAACAUACCGAUCUACUCCACUACAAUCAUUUUCAUUCGGGACAAUCAAAUCUAAAUUUCAAGAAAGUAACAAUUCAGAACGAGUUUCCACGAUGCCCUCAUCAGAUUGCGACGAUAUUGAUACUCAAUCCUUUGCACCUGUACCGCCCACGAUUGAAUAUUCGUUAAUUGAAAUCUUUCGUAUAGAACUGGUUUACAAAUUGUCAUAUUCAUCGGAUAAUAAUGAACUUCUCUUGCAAAUUAUUCGAAUAACACCAAUGCAUCCAUUGAUCGAACACUGUUUCCCAUCAUUCUCAUGUCAAAUUCGUUUGUUUAAUAACGAUGAUAAACACAAGACGAAGAAGUAUCUGUCAAAACAAGAUCCGAUCAAUGAAAUCUUUCAUUUUGAUAUGAAUGAAUUCAAUCUGGGAAACAGUUAUUUGAAACUAAAUGUGUUUGGUCAACAAAAAAUGGAGAAACGUGUGGAAUUAGGCCAAACUGUUUUGGUGAUGAGUCAUCACAAUCAUUUGAUGAAUCGAUCGAGCCAUCUAGCAUCAGAACAACAUACGAAAUUCAUUCAAAUCUAUGAGGAUCGAAUCGAUAUGAUUAUUCGUCAACAGAAUGAAACUAAGCAUGAAACACGGGCAUUGAUGUGUUUGGUUUAUGAAAAUGAUCGUUGUUUGCUUCAUGUUGGUUUAAUCAAAAUUAUCGGUAUUCAAUAUCUACUCAAACAACCACUCAGUCAUUCUCAUCAACGAGAUCAAAUUCAAAUCAAAAUCUGCACAUUCAUCGACGGAAAACUUAAUGGAAAACGAAAAUCAAAAUUAAUUCCAAUUACGAAAGGCAUCUGUACUUUCAGUACAUCAUUUCAUUUAGACUAUGUCUCCCUGCAUAAAACAUCAAUACGCGUGACUCUAUGCUACCGACGAUCGUUAAUAAGUGCACACAGUAAAUCGAUAUCAACGAUUGAAUUUGGUUCGACAGAAGUUAAAAAUCAGCAAAGUUUUCAACAUUGGACAGAUGCAUUAUCUGCGCCAAAUCGACCACAUGUGCAUUGGCAUACGUUGGAACCAUUGAGUAGUAAGCACGCAAGCGAAUAG